UUGUUGUCCACAGCUUUUAACAUAUGCAGUGGAAGUUGUAGAACUCCUACCUCAUAUGCCCAUCUUCAAUAAUUUGGAGUAUUUGGUAUUGGAAGAAUGGUCAGUUAAUCUCAACGGUGUAGCACUGUUGAAGAUAUUGCAAAAAUCUCCCCGUCUUAAGACAAUGGUAUUUAGUGAGGGGAUCAGCCUGUCCUCAGAUUUUGAAAGAAAUGAUAGAAUACUGGAUCCAGUGCCUCCAUGUUUCUUGUCACAGCUCAAUUGCAUCAAAGUCUAUGAUUAUGAGGGAGACGAGGAGGAGCUAUCUGCUGUAAAGAGUUUGCUCAAGAAUGCAGUGGUCUUGGACAAAAUGGUCAUAACUUGUUCAAAUCAUUUUGCAAAGGACUUAAAGAAUCUGAAGAAGGUUCAUGAACAGUUAUUGAAGCUACCCAGAGGGUCAAAACAUUGUGAAUUGGUUUUUGAUUUGAACCUUUCUUGAACUUUUACCUCCACAAAAGCCAUUAAUUCCUAUUUUGUUAUACUUCGAACUUCAAAAACUAAAUUCCCUUUUUUUCUGUCUUGGCCUUAUACGUACCUAUGUAACUUGAUAUUAUGUAAUGAUCUUUUUUGUUAA